AUGGAUGACUAUGGAGGUCGCCUAGAGCGGGAUUCCUAUGUGAACCUGGCAAGGGUUGGGAUCCUUGAAAAUAGAAAGCUCCGUCGCCCAUACUUUGAUGAGGAGCAGCAGAUUUUGGUCGCCCUUAGUGCUACCUGUCGUCGCCUGGACCUGACCUCUUGUAGGGUGACUAUUUAUCGGAGGGCGAAGACAGGAGCACCAGUGCACGACCAGCAAUGCCAUACAUCCAUAUGGGCAAGCCUCCAAGUGUCAUCCGAUUGCUAG